CACUGGGGCUACGGCUCAGACCUGCACCCCGCCCGCCCGGCGCACACCAUGCCGGUCCCCGUGUGUCCCCUCUGCCCGCUGGCCUCUGCCCUCCUCCUUGGGGCGCUGCUGCUGGGCCUCCCCCCAGCCACAGAAGGGGGGAAAUCGGGCGUGUGCCCCGAGCUGCAGGCCGACCUGAACUGCACCCGGGAGUGCCAGGAAGACCGAGACUGCGCCGACAACCGCAAGUGCUGCCCGGCCGGCUGCGGCACCCUCUGCUCCGUGCCCAAUGAAAAGAUAGGUACCUGCCCGAGUGUGGAGUUACCCCAGCUUGGGAUCUGCCAGGACCAGUGCCAGGUGGACAGUCAGUGUCCUGGCAGGAUGAAAUGCUGCCGCAAUGGCUGUGGAAAAGUGUCCUGUGUCACACCCAACUUCUGAGCUUCAGCCACCACCAGCACAAGGAGUUGGGAGGUGAUGCUUCUGCCUGGCCAUGCAUCCAGCCUCAUCUCCGCUGUCUUCCCCACACUCUGGCCUCUCUCCUGAUUUCUUCCUCCCUUUUCCAUCCAAUAAAAUGACCACUUUCAGCAUCGGUUCUUA